GACGUGACUUCCGGUCGCGUUCUGGCUAACUUUGAAUAGCUUGACACACCUGGUUUACUUCUGGAGUCGUGGCUCAUUGAAUUGAUUUGCUAAGGUUUAUUUGUUGAUAUAGUUAAACUGCACAGAGGAAAAAUGGUGCAUUUAUUAGCCACGCUCGUAGCUGUAGUGCUUUUCAGUUCGGAGACGUUUGGGAAAACUGUAACGGGACUUUUUAAGAGCGAGGUGGCGAGACAGCAGAAUGGUCAAUUCAUCACUAAAUUUAUGUACCAAGGUGAUAAUGGUCUGUUGGUGUGUCGGCUGGACAACUCUGCCCUGGCUACAGAGAAGGAGUCCAAGCUGCUGCUGUAUCAGGACAUGGACUCAGACCUGAACAACCUCAGCUGCUCUGAGAGGCUCUCUAGAGCCCGGUUCACCAUUUCUCUCAGUCAGGAAGAACACAACCAGACCAUCCCCCGUCAGUCCUCACCUACGCCCUGGCAGGCCCUGUACGCUGACAGAUACACGUGUCAGGACAGUGCAGUGAUUCCUUCACACGCUGAUCUCAGUUUUACUCUCCUACUCUUCAACGCCGACUCAGCUGGAAGUCCUCUGGAGCAUUUCAGUGCAGAGGAGGCAGGUCUCCACAGUUUUUACUUCCUCCUGCUGCUGGCCUACUUUGUAGCAUGCUGUAUCUACUUCCAGCCUCUGUACCAGGCUUUGAGGAAAGGAGGUCCCAUGCACACCGUCCUCAAAGUGCUGACCACAGCGCUGGCAUUACAGGGCUGCUCCGCUCUCUGCAACUACAUCCAUUUGGCCAGGUAUUCUCGAGACGGUGUUGGUAUUCCUCUGAUGGGCAGCCUGGCAGAGUGCUGGGAUAUGGUGUCCCAGGUGUCCAUGCUGUACAUGUUACUGAGUCUGUGUAUGGGCUGGACUCUGAGUCGGGGCAGGAAGCCUCAGUCCAGACCUCUGCAGUGGGAACAGUCUCCAGCCUCCACAGCUGUCGCUGUUGGUGGUGUUAUUACUCAGGGGGUGCUGCUCCUGUGGGAGCAGUAUUCAGAGUCAGGGAGUGACCACCACAGCUACCACGCCCAGCGGAGUCUGGCAGGUCUCCUCCUCAUGGCUCUGAGAGUGGGCUUAGCCCUCCUGCUGGCCUCUGUGCUCUACCAGAUCAUCUCCACUGAGAGGAGCACUCUGAAGAGAGACUUCUACCUGAGCUUUGGCAAGGGCUGCUUCCUGUGGUUCCUCUGUCACCCCGUCCUCGUCCUCAUGUCUGUGAUCUUCAACGAGCACCAGAGGGAGAAGGUGGUGACUAUCGGUGUGAUCCUCUGCCAGUCCAUCUCCAUGGUGGUCCUCUACCAGCUCUUCCUGUCUCGCUCUCUCUACUGGGAGGUGUCCUCUCUCUCCUCUGUGUCACUGCCGCUCACUAUGUCCAGGACGAUCCACCGGGGGGGCUACUGACCACAUCUGCUGUCACGUCAUCAUGGGAGAGGGAGGAUGCGAUACAACACAGAGGCUUCUCCUCCCUGAGCCUCACAGCCUGUCUGAGGAGCGAGACUUCCUGAGCAUGAAGCAGAAAAGAUAAGAAAUGCUGCAACUCUGCAGAGAAGUCUCCUCUCUAGUGAGCGAGUUACCAGGGAACAGUAGCAUGGCUCAGAGGAGGAUAUUUAUAGCAACACCCUACUUCUAGUGACAAAUACUUUGUGCCUGAAUAGUGCUGAACAAGAGGACACAUUCUUUAAUGCAGGACCACCCAGACAUGAGACACAAGGCUCUCAGGUGGUUGAUUGUGCUUUCCAUAAUAUGCUGGGUGUUCCAUGUCAGAUGGAACAUCACCAACUUAAAGAUUUUGAAGAUGCAUCUGCUGCAGAGGUAGAUGUCAGGAAUGAAAAGAUUUAUUCAUGAUAGUGCAGAAGGUGAGAAGGUUGUUUGUUCCUCGAGGACUCAGGUUAAGAUCACAUUCUGGGCUGAUAACAUCUCUAAGGACACAAAGCAACCUCUGUGUGCUUUGUGAAAUCACAGAUUUAUUAUCAAGGAAAAUGCAGAGCACAGGCAAAUGUGUAGCUCUGGUGUUAGAUUUAGUUUUAAGAUGCAAAUGGACUUGUUUAUUAGCACAAAUGACUGAAAGCAUCCUUGAUGUUGAGCUUAGCCUGCUCAUUAAAGUGGACUUGGGUCAUAUCACCAAAGAGAGACAGUAGCUUGUAAAAUCUAUUUACGAAAGAAAGAAAACAGCAUGUUUUGCCUUAAAGAUAAGCCUGGUGUUUUCUUAUCACCAGAUCCCAUGAAAAGCACAAAGCCAGCAGCUCGGCUCUCGGUCAUUUCUGACUUUCCCACCUUGAUUGUGCACAUCUGUGGCUCUAAAAGCAUAUCACAAAGAUGUUGUUUAAAAGAAAAUCUGUGGUUUCCUAAAACAGCUGGACAUUGUAAUUUUUAGCACACAUUACUCAAAUAGGCAUAAACAGUGCAUUGGCUGGAGACUGGUUUCAGCUGCAAGGGAACACAUAUUAAUGUGUUUUUGGUGCCCAUGUUCAUAAUAAUACAACAUGUCAACCAGUGCAACAGUGGCUCAUUCAUGUGUUUUCAUAGUUUCUGGGCACCAGUGGAGCUCUGUGGCACAGAGGACUAAGAUCCAUCAGGCUUGGUUUUGUUCUUCUCAUCUGACCUGUUUUGGCAGUAAGAGGAAAUGGAUGGACAGGUCAGUGGAUCGGUGUGUGGUAAGACUGGUGUAACGGAGUUGGACAGAUGACUGGAUGGACUGAAGAUGGAUAUAACAAAGAAUGGGUAAACUCUGGACAGAUGUAGAUGGAAUGUGGCCGUCCAGCCAGGUAAGGAUUUAAAGACAGCAGAAAAAAAGGGUUGGUCUAUUCUUGUCUUAUAUUCAUCUCUGUUGAGGAAGUUAUCAGCUGACAGCAUGUGAGGCUUCGUAUAAACUGUAUGUAGCUGGACACACUGCAUGGCAUCCUCUGCUCGUACCUUCAUGUAAAAAAAAAAGCAGAUCAGGAGAAGCCAACACACUUAAAAUCUACAAAUCUGGGCUUUGUGGCUUCAGAUUGAUUCCAGAGAUUUUUUUUUUUAAAGUUAACUAUGAAUUACUGUAAGUGAGGCUCAGUAAAACAGCCCAGUGGGAACAGGCCUGUAGUUUAUUUUAGGAAUUUGACACGUUUAAUACGAUGGGAAUAACAAUAUUAAAAUUCCACUUGGACUGAGGGCUGACAUGGAGUCCUGACCUAUUUAUUCUAUUGUGUAUCCCCUACUACAUGUGUGAUUUUUAGUGUUUUAUUCAACUACAGCAAUCAUUUUAAAUAGCUAAUCACUUUAUUUGACCUGUGGUCAUGGUAUAUUAAUGACAAAAUGUGCAAUCUGUUCUUUGACCUGGUGUUGUAGCUGGGUUUGCACGUGUUCUCUGUGCAGUGUAUGUACACUGUUUAUUUUAUUUUGUACCACGGUGACAAUCAUUUAAAUUACACAGCAACAAAACACAAGGCCCCUGGUUGUAGUUGCUUAUUUCAUUCUUCAGAUCUUGGAAAAAGUGUCCAGUCAUUAUCUUGUUUUUGUUUUUUGUUUUUUUUUUUUGGUUGUCAUACUGUAUAUUACAUGUAUUAUUUUCUGGAACUUGUGGGAUCUGUUAUUCUGAUAACUGUAACAAAUAAAAUGUAUUUUAAUGAAAUCUAGCAAAUGCUUAACAUCUGUGUGCUGACUAAUGUCCUUCAUGUUACUCUGAACGUUAGACUGUUGUGUUGGUUACAGUACUUGAACAUAAAACACCA